GCAACACCGAGUGCCCACCCCCGCCGAAAUUGCCCCAGAUGGCUCGCUCGUGUCCUGCACAAAGCACGGGGUUGGGCCCAGCGGCCGUUCUUCGCAACGCUUCCACCAACUUCCGCCACUGAGCCCACACACCCGUGCACCACGCCAGGGCUCGGUGGCCAUGUGGCGCGAACAGGCGGACCGGGCGGCAAGAGUACCCCGUUUUCUUCUUCCAUAGGGCGCUUGUUUUCCACCAAUCACCCGACUUUUUCCCCCUCACAGCCCCAGAAUUUCGCAGAUGACCGAAGACAAAAAGUCCAUGCUAGACGCCUCCGGCGCCGAGUCCAAGGAGGACAAAACCGCCACCGCCAUUUUGAGGCGGAAGAAGAAGGACAACGCGUUGAUUGUAGACGAUGCCACAAACGACGACAACUCCGUGAUCACAAUGUCGCUGGCCACAAUGGAACUCCUUGAGUUGUUCCGCGGCGACACGGUGCUCGUGAAGGGCAAGAAGCGCCGCGACACGGUGUUGAUUGUGUUGGCUGACGACGACAUGGAGGACGGCGUGGCGCGUAUCAACCGGUGCGUGCGGAACAAUUUGCGUGUGCGCUUGAGCGACAUUGUGCUGAUCCACCCGUGCCCGGACAUCAAGUACGCGUCGCGCAUCUCCGUGUUGCCCAUCCAGGACACCGUGGAGGGCAUCACCGGCUCCUUGUUCGACGUGUACUUGAAGCCGUACUUCGUCGAGACCUACCGUCCCGUGCGCAAGGGCGACUUGUUCACCGUGCGCGGUGGCAUGCGCCAGGUCGAGUUCAAGGUCGUGGACGUCGACCCGGAGGAGUUUGCCAUUGUGGCCCAGGACACGAUCAUCCACUGCGAGGGCGAGCCCAUCAACCGCGAGGACGAGGAGAACAACUUAAACGAGGUCGGCUACGACGACAUUGGCGGCUGCAAAAAGCAGAUGGCCCAGAUCAGAGAGUUGGUCGAGUUGCCCUUGAGACACCCGCAGUUGUUCAAGUCCAUCGGUAUCAAGCCGCCAAAGGGUAUCUUGAUGUACGGCCCCCCGGGCACGGGUAAGACCGUCAUGGCCCGGGCCGUGGCCAACGAGACCGGCGCCUUCUUCUUCUUGAUCAACGGGCCGGAGAUCAUGUCCAAGAUGGCCGGUGAGUCCGAGCUGAACUUGAGAAAGGCCUUUGAGGAGGCGGAGAAGAACUCCCCCGCCAUUAUUUUUAUUGACGAGAUCGACUCCAUUGCACCAAAGAGAGACAAGACCAACGGUGAGGUCGAGAGAAGAGUCGUCUCGCAAUUGUUGACCUUGAUGGACGGCAUGAAGGCCCGCUCCAACGUCGUGGUCAUUGCCGCCACAAACAGACCAAACUCUAUCGACCCUGCGUUGAGAAGAUUCGGCAGAUUCGACAGAGAGGUCGACAUUGGUGUUCCGGAUGCUGCAGGUCGGUUGGAAAUCUUGAAGAUUCACACCAAGAACAUGAAGUUGGUCGAAGACGUCGACUUGGAGGCCAUUGCCUCCGAGACCCAUGGUUUUGUUGGCGCUGAUAUCGCCUCCUUAUGCUCCGAGGCUGCCAUGCAGCAAAUCCGUGAGAAGAUGGACCUCAUCGACUUGGAGGAGGAGACCAUUGACGCUGAGAUCUUGGACUCCUUGGGUGUCACCAUGGAGAACUUCAGAUUCGCCUUGGGCAACUCCAACCCAUCGGCCUUGCGUGAGACGGUUGUCGAAAACGUCAACGUCACCUGGGAUGACAUUGGUGGCUUGGACGGAAUCAAGAACGAGUUGAAGGAGACCGUUGAGUACCCUGUCUUGCACCCAGACCAAUACCAAAAGUUUGGUUUGGCUGCUUCCAAGGGUGUCUUGUUCUAUGGCCCUCCUGGUACUGGUAAAACUUUGUUGGCCAAGGCUGUUGCCACCGAAGUCUCUGCUAACUUCAUCUCUGUUAAAGGCCCAGAGUUGUUGAGUAUGUGGUACGGUGAAUCUGAGUCCAACAUCCGUGAUAUCUUUGACAAGGCUAGAGCCGCCGCUCCAACCGUCGUGUUCUUGGAUGAAUUGGACUCCAUCGCCAAGGCCAGAGGCGGGUCCAAUGGAGAUGCCGGUGGUGCCUCUGACAGGGUCGUCAACCAGUUGUUGACUGAGAUGGACGGCAUGAAUGCCAAGAAGAAUGUCUUUGUCAUUGGUGCUACCAACAGACCUGAUCAAAUCGAUCCAGCUUUGUUGAGACCAGGAAGAUUGGACCAAUUGAUCUACGUCCCAUUGCCAGACGAGGUCGCAAGAUUGUCGAUCUUGGAGGCUCAAUUGAGAAAUACUCCAUUGGAGCCAGGCAUGGAUUUGCAGGAAAUUGCCAAGAUUACUCACGGCUUCUCUGGUGCGGACUUGUUGUACAUUGUCCAAAGAGCCGCCAAGUUUGCCAUCAAGGACUCUAUUGAGGCACAGAUCAAGAUCUCCAAGGCUGCUGCUGAGGCCGCCGAAGCUGUCAAGCAAGAACAGAGUGAGGACGUUGAGAUGACCGACAAGCCCAAGACAGAGGAGGAGCAGGAAGAGGAGGACCCAGUGCCUUUCAUUUCCAGAUCGCACUUCGAGGAGGCUAUGAAGACCGCUAAGCGCUCGGUCUCUGACGCUGACUUGCGUCGUUACGAGUCCUACGCCCAACAAUUGCAAUCUUCCAGAGGCCAAUUCACGAAUUUCAGAUUCUCUGAAGGCGGCGAGGCUGAGAGUAGUACUAACGGCGCAGCUUUUGCAAACGAAGCGGAAGAUGAUGACUUGUACAGUUAGGUUGCGACGGAAUCGCACGAGAGUUCUCACGUAUAGUUGAAAUGAAUAAAUAAUGUCUCAAGCAGAGGU